AUGGCUGACAAUGACUACAGUUCUUCUGGAGAUUUGGAAAACAGAUCUCCUUCUUCAAACAUAAAUGGGAGUAUUGGAAUUGAACAUCCAAUUAACACGACAAACGAGCAUCCCAUCAAUAAUUUAUCACAGCAUCUCAUCAGCAGCUUCAUUGUAAUCGUCUGCCUGUUGGGGCUGCUGGGAAAUGGACAUGUCAUUUGGCUUCUCUGCUUCUCCCUUAAGAAGAAUCCUUUCACCACCUACAUCCUGAACCUCACCAUAGCUGAUUUCGGUGUCCUCAUCUCUCUCAUUGCACAUGCUUUGUUUGGAAUAAUAGUAACUUUGUACAAUGGAAAUUCUGUCCUCUCUUUGUUUUUUCCAGUAUUUCUUGAACUAUAUUUCAUCACUUAUUCUACUGGUCAAUUUCUCCCAGCCGCCAUCAGCAUUGACAGGUGUCUGGCUGUCCUCUUCCCAAUCUGGCAUCGAUAUCGCCGUCCAGCACGCUUAUCUACCAUUGUAUGUGCUCUGGUAUGGAUCCUCUCCUUCCUACUGGCUGUAAUUCAUCUCAGUCUCCAAAGGACUGGGGACUCUGGAAAUAACCUCCUAUUGUUUCAGCUUCUUCUAAUUUGCUCUCUGCUUUGUACCAUCCUCAUGGUCCUCUCCACACUGACCUUAUUCAUCAUCCAUACCUGCUGGAAAUCAAAUCAUCAACAGCAGGGAAAGCUUGUCACAGCACUCCUCCUCUUUCUCGUUUUUGCUUUUCCAAUGAAUGUCUUGUGUGUAAUUUACUCUUAUUAUGUUCCCAACCAAAGUGUCAUGCUAACUGGUUUUGCCUGCGCCUCUUUGAACAGUAGCAUUAAUCCACUGAUUUAUUUCUUAGUUGGAAGGAGACAAAAGAAAGGUCUAUCCAAAGUGUCUAUGAAGGUUGCACUCCAGAGGGUUUUCAACGAUGAGCAGAACUUUAUGGAAGAGCAGAAUCUAAGCAUUGAAACACCGUUGUGA